AUGCCGAACGCGGAGAUGAAGAGCAACAUAUGGCCACUUCGGACCGGUAGCCGUCGUGAAGGCAUGCCGCGAGGUUCGAUACCUAAUCGGGAAAGACCGGCUACUUCGGUGUGGCUUGGAGCGAAGCGCGCGCUUGGCCAAGCGGCGUCAAGUGGCCCUAUUGUUCGCCGAAUGCGGAAGAUGUUCCGAGAUCUACGCACGAGGCAUCGGGAAGACCGUGCCGAGCUUCGAGUGUCGAAGAUCGUCGAAGGCGAAAUCGACCUGUUGGGAGACUGGGUCGAAGUGCCGGGCGGGAUGCGAGUGCCGAAAAGAGGUGUAUCGGGGCCCAGCGGGGCUCGGCGCCUAUCAACGGUUACUGCGAAUGCUGCAGAAUCGACCACUGGACGAGUCAGAGACUGGAUUGGUCGCCUGACCUUAGACAUAAGCAGGCACUACAAUGGAUACCUUCAGAGCCUUCUUCGAGAGGUGGAAUCCCUGCAUAUCACGGUCCAGAAUCAGCAGGCGCUAGUCGAUUCCUACAAGCGACAAGUCGAUGCGCUACCUGCGUCAACGGGUAGCGGUCAUUCCCAUCAACCUAAGAUUGGGGAACCUCCGGCCUUCAAGGGCAGUGAGAAUAAGACCAAGCUUGAGGAAUGGCUGGACCUGAUCGUACUGUGGUGCGAGCAUGAGGGAGUGGCCACCGACAAACAGCAAAUCGUCACGGUGCUCUCGAAGCUGCAAGGACCAGCUCAUCAGUACAUGAAGAGCUACUAUGUGAAAAUGUGGGAAGGAAAGGAUCUGGGUACCUGGAAGGCAUUUGUGGCGGAACUAGCCCAGAUAUAUGGGCAACGCGAUGACAAGGAGGGUGCAAAGAAGGAGAUCACGGCACUGUUCAUCAAUAAGGAUCUGGCCUCAAAGGACUUUGUGAAGUACGCUGAGAGGUUCCGCACCCUCGGACGUCUCACGGAGUAUGACGAUAGUCUCCUCAUUGACAAACUCCGGGAGGUUAUACCUCGUGACAUGCGGUUGGUGUUGGCCGGAAAGGACGAGUCCACCUUGCCAAAGGAUUGGACAUUGUUCCUCAACAUCUUGCUCAACAUCAACAAGAUUGUCAACCCGGAGAAGGCACGAGGCUUGGUAUUCAAGAACAGUGGCUCGGAUAAUGGCGGCGCUGUUCCCAUGGACAUCGAUUCGGCUGAAAAGUCGAAAUCGAAGGUUGGCCAAAAAUGCGGACAAGCGGCCGAAUACCCAAAGGGAUGGCGCUAA